AGAAAGCAGUUCAGAGAGAGGGAGAGCAGCUGGAAGUGAUGUCAAUGAACCCUUUGCCUGCACACCGAACAUGACAUCAUAACACAUACUCAGUCUCUGCUGGACACAUUCACAAUUUUCUAUGCAUUGGUGUUUCCUCAAAGACUAAUUGUGCUGAGUAGUUCAUUGAGCAAACCUUCAUUAAGACAGAAUGGCCUUCAAUACAACUAUUCUUUUGCACUCUCACUUGGACGUCUCAACCCACUCUGAGAAAACUACAGUGGAUAUUGAUGCCAUUAUGGAUAAUAUUACUAUUGUCCUCUACACCAUUACCAUUAUCUUUGGCAUAACCGGGAACUCUGUGGUGAUCUGGGUGGCUGGUAUCCGUCUGAAGCCCAACGUCACUAACAUUUGGUUGGUCAAUCUGGCUGUAGCUGACCUGAUCUUCUGCCUGACAAGAGUCACUUCACUCAUCAAAAAACUUUUCUAUGACCACUGGCCUUUUGGAGUCUUUCUCUGCAAGUUCAAUGGCUUCUUCAAGUACGCCAACAUGUUCUGCAGUGUUUUUCUUCUGGCUGUCAUCAGUGUGGAUCGAGCGCUCUGCGUCUGGUGCCCAGUGUUCACUAGGAAACGACGGACGUUAUGUGCUACUCGUGUGAUCAGUGUGGGAGUUUGGAUUUUGGCGGUGAUCUUUAGUUCACCGUACUUUGUGUACCGGCAGGUCUACCUUGGUGACAACAACUUGACCAAGUGCUCACUGGAGGUGAAAGAAGCAUCAAAGGGUGACAACACAGCAAAGAAUGCCUUAUACAGCAUUCGCUUCUUGUGUGGAUUCCUGUUGCCCUUCCUGGUCAUCCUGUGCUGUUACAUUCUAGCUGCUGCUGGAAUACGCAGAACAAGGUUUUCUGGCAAAUCAAGGCCUCUCCGGAUUCUCGCUGCACUGGUCUGUGCCUUUUUCUUUUGUUGGGGACCCUACCACUGCCUACUCCUCGCCAAGAUGGUGGACAAGAAGAGCCAUGCAGUCAAAGUGGGUCUUCCCAUUGCUAAGGGCUUCGCGUAUUUCAACAGCUGCGUGAACCCGCUGCUGUACUUCUGCAUGGGACUGAAUAUUAGGCAAAGCUUCAGACAAAGCCUAUCGAGUAUUUAUCGCAGAGCAUUAAUGGAAGAAGGACACACUGUGCAAUCCCAGGAAGGCACUGCUGAAGAAAGCUCUAAUUCCAUUCCAAAGACUACAGGGUUAGUUCGAGGUAGACCCAAGGGCAUGAGUAAAGUUUAAAAGAGCUUUAUUGUAAUGUUACUUUAGUUUUUUUUAGCAGUGGCGGUCUAACUGAUUAAAUCAAAAUGUGACCCUGGACCACAAAACCAGUCAUAAUGGUAAAUUUUAAAGCUGAAUAAAUAAGCUCCCCAUUGAUGUAUGGCUUGUUUGGAUAGGACUAUAUUUGGCCGAGAUACAACUAUUUGAAAAUCUGGAAUCUGAGGGUGCGAAAAAAAAAUCGCCUUUAAAAUUGUCCAAAUGAAGUCCUUAGCAAUGCAUAUCCACUCACAAAAAUAAUUUUUUGAUAUAUUUACGGUGGGAAAUUUACAAAAUAUCUUCAUGGAACAUGAUGUUUACUUAUAUCCACAAAUAGCACAGACCACAAUUAGGAUAUAUACUAUAUCCUAAUGAUUUUUGGCAUAAAAGAAAAAUUAUAAUUUUGACCCAUACAAUGUAUUGUGUGACAUAUACCCGUGCGACUUAUGACUGGUUUUGUGGUCCAGGGUGACAAAUGUGAAAAAUCAAGAUUUUUUGCUGACAAUUAUGCUCCUUUAUAUUGUAAAAUAAUCUUUAGAAUUUUAUAAGAGAAAAAAAAUCAGUAAGAGUAAAAUCAAUCAUGUAUAUAUGAAGUGUGAUCUUGAUAACUAGCUUUCAUAAUUUAACACUUUUGUAGGGAAAUGAUAUAUGCUUUUGUACAUGAUAAACUGUUUAGAUUUAGAAACAGUGUUUCACAAAUCUGCUUCUGUGACCUCUUAGCGUUAACAUGCAAGCCACUGUUUACCAGAUAAUAUAUUUCCUCGCUAUGAAGCCUAUAAAUUGUGGUCAGGUUUCCUGAGAAAAUCUCUUGAUUUAGAGUUUCGUGUAGUUCACUUCUGCCUUACGUAUAAGAGUGCAAGAAACAUAGACUUGUGUUCCUCUUUUCUGAUCAAGACAUCCUGCUUACUUCAAUGAAUGAAAUUCGAUAAUUCUAUUUAACAAUAUUAUGCUGUUUUAUCUAUUCUUGAUUAUUUAGGCAUUUACUAAAUUGUUAAAUCUAAAUGCCGCAAAAACACAUUAUCUUUUUGAUAUUCAAACCAACAUAAAAUUGAAGCGUGUUUCUACAUUAGCCCUAAACGGACAAACUGCUCAUUGCUUGACUGGCUACUCUCUGCUGUCUCAGACAAUGACAUCUUUGUCCUGUGUCGGCAACUGUAGCAAUUCGCAACCUCACCCCUAGAUGCCGCUAAAAUUUACACACUGAACCUUUAAAUGCAUUUUUGAGGAAGCUCAGCCUCCCCAUAUUAUCUUCUCCGAUAGACCCACAUUAUCAUGAUUAUCUUCUCUGAUGACUAAGGAGUCAUUUUACAUGACAGUUUUCAGCUAAAAACUGAACUUUUUAUGCAUCUUGGUCAUUCAUUUACACGACAACAGCGUUUGGGGGCCUGAAAACGCAAACUACUUGUAAACUACAAAAACGCAAAUUUUUUAAAACAGUGAUGUCAUGCGCACGUGUAUUACUUGUUUAGUCUAUAGGCAUGUGGUGUUACUUUACAAAGUGAAAUCGCCAACUACUGGCCUGGCAUGCAGAAUACAGCGUUUUUAGUCGUUUUCACGUAUCUGUGUACACUGUAAGCACGAACAGUACUACUAACUCAUAAAGAUUGAGUACGCUGCUAUUAAAGUCUGUUAAAUCAUUGAUGCAACUUAAAACAAUGACAUUUUCUGAAUGAGGAGUUUUAUUUUUGUGUAGCUCAACAUUUUUGAGUAAACCCUUAUACUUAAAUUAUUAUUUUUAGUUUACUGAGCGAUAUAAAGUGAUGUCACCCAUGUCACGUCGUUGCCGAUGUUACCGGCGUAACCGACGUUAUCAGAAGAAUCCAUUCAACAUCAAACUGAGUUGCAGCAGAUUUCAAGUUCCCAACAUGCUUUGCGUCACACUCUGUAAGGGAGAAUAAAUGUUGAAAUUGAGUGGUAUUUUGUGUGUUUUUGCACAAGAUUAAUACAGGGGAAGAUGUGUUAUUGUUUAAUGUUCUGUUAUUUUGAUAUUUAAAUGUGUUUCUGUGAUGUUGAAAUUUUGUAGGGUUACCACCGUGGUGAAGAGCAGUGCCUGUGGUUAGGUUGAGAAUGGGCUGUGAAACAUCAAGGCUACCUAUAUGGCAUGUUAAUGCAAGUAAAUGAUAGUUUCUUUGAUGGUUACAUUAGUGCAUACUGGUGUGCUGUUGCUAACUAACACUUAACUGUAAAGAUUAGGUAUUGGUUUAUUCAAUAUUUCAAUUAGAUUGUAAUUACAAAAAAUAAUAUAUAUUUUUUUAGGUUCUACUAAAAUAAUCUUUGAGUUGUUUACUUAAAUGUUUUGAGUAAUCUGAAUUUAUUGGGUUUUACAACCACUGCAACAAAAUAAUUGAAAAAUAAGAAACAUUACGUAUAGUUUUAAAUACAGUGGACUUAAACAUUAAAUAAAACUAAAAUUUAAAAAUUUCAGUUUGACUUAAUUGUUAUUUAUAAUUAUUCUUUACUUAAAAGAUUUGAGUUGCUUUACUUACAUUUUUUGAGGUGUCUACAAUACAGAACUUAUCGGAUUUACAGUGUAUACGGGGAUCGUUUUGACAACAUUGGCAUCUGUACACAAACCUUUUCAAAAAUGCAAAGGAAAAACAUUUCCACUUUUAGUACAUCACGUGUAAACAUACCCUUAUGGUAUGAUAUAUUUUUUUCAAAAGAGUGAUAAUCAUAGAAGUGUCGCUUUGUUGGUCAUCCUAUGUGUCUUUUUAUAGUAGAGAAAAUGAAACAUGCCUAUAUUGAUGCCCUCUUUUUUUAGUCUCUUGCCACUUCCUCUACACCAAUGAAACAUGCAGAGUUUUCUGCAACUGCACUGCUGUGGAUUUUUCUUUAUUUCUCUUUUCCUAUAAUGACCUGAGUGUAGUUGUGACUGCAGUCUGAUUUUAGUCUAAUUUUCUUUCAAAUUUUGUCCCAUAUAAGUCACCAGAAUGUUUUGUUUACUGGGUGGCAAAACCAUUUUAAAAAUGUCAGCCAGUUUCCACUGGUGGUUGAAAACCUAAAAGUAAACAAUAAUCAGCAUUGUUUCUCCAAAGAGUUUCAUAAUGACUGCAACACAACUUAUUGAGCUGAACUUGCAGUAGAGUAAGUGAAGUUUCAGUUUAACAAGCAGCAAUGCUUUCUCAAUGUUGUCACUGGUCUUAAGGAAAGUGUUGUUGUCUUAAUUUCCAUUCCCAUUUUCACAUUGCAUAUUCACUGCUUUUAAUAAAGUUGUUGAUACUGA